UGUGGCUCUUCAUGUGGCAAGAUGCCUAUAUUUAUGGGAUUUUUUCUGGUUGCUGUCAUUUUCACAUUCAUGACCAGCACACCAAUUACAACAUCUGUUCUCAGGUGUGUUCCUGAUAACCAACGCUCAUUUUCAUUGGGCAUUCAGUGGCUCUUUGUAAGGAUCCUAGGCACUAUUCCAGGACCAAUUCUAUUUGGUACAGUGAUCGAUAUGUCUUGCAUCCUGUGGAAUAAGAAUGAGUGUGGUGUUAAAGGUGCAUGCUGGACAUAUGAUAACCCAAAAAUGGCCAAUUUAAUUACAGCCAUUGGCACAAGUGCCAAAGUGAUCUCGAUUGUUGCACUUGCUACAGCUUCUUUUCUGUAUAGACCACCACAGAUUACUGAAGCUAGAGAACAAACAGCUGAUCAGCCGUUUCAACGGUGGAAGUUCUGGGCCAAGACCAAGUCUUAACUGUGGCUUAGGAAUAUUGUGUUUACCAACCAUUAAAGCAGUGCAAUAAUGAACGUAU